UUCUAUGUGUACAUCGUAUUGAGUACACUGGGGCUAAUUGGUAACGCCUUCGUUUGUCUGGUGAUGCUGCGAUAUCGCAAGGUUUUCAACUCCUCAACCAACAAGCUCAUCCUCCAUCAAUCCUUUGUGGAUUUCUUGGCGUCGUUUGUAUUUAUUCUCAACCGAUUUCUGAGGGUAACGACACCGAUUCCCGCUAAUGCGAUUGGUGCGCUCUACUGCAAGCUCUGGUGGUCUGAAUGGCCACUAUGGGCGCUGUAUGUCACCUCUACCUACAACUUGGUGGCCAUAUCCAUGGAGCGAUACUUCGCAACAUGUCAUUCGAUUGCUCAUCGUAACAUGUUGACAUCCAAGCGUCUCAAACUCAUCAUGGUGGCUGCUUGGCUGUGUGGCUGGAUACCAGAGGCUCAUCUUGUACCCAUCUCCUACCAGCUCGAUGAUUCCUGUGAAGGAUUCUGGCCAAGCCGUAUCAUACAAGCCAUCGGUGGAGUUUCCAUCGCUAUCUGGGAAUUCGUCAUCCCGCUUUCCAUCAUGAUCUUUGCUUACACCAGAAUCAUCAUGGAGCUUCACAAGCGCUCCAAAAACAGAGUCGGCAACAACAGCAACAACAACGAUGCCCAGAACAUGCUGUCCAAAGCCAACAAGAACGUCACCAAGACUCUGUUCGUGGUCGCCAUCUUCUUUGCCAUUUGCUGGGCGCCGACUGAUGUCAACUACAUCUUGUACCACAGCGGACUGAACGAGAACUCACUAGACAGCGUUUUCUACCAAGUUGCGGGCGCGAUUGUCCUGAUUAACAUGUGCAUCAAUCCUAUCAUCUACUGCUUCACCUAUGAUCGCUUUCAGAAGCAAGCUUGGAAGAUGGUGUCUGAUGUCUGCAAGCGGCCUCAGAAUCGGGUGGAUAUCAUUGAGUAA